UUUAAUAUUUGGUGUUAGCGCCCUCUGCUGGUUAUUCCCAAGUUUAGCAGAAAAAUAACUCACUAAUUAAAGACGUGAAUAUUUGAAUUGUUUUUUUUUUACAAAAUGUAUAUCUUCAUGGAACGUAAUAUAGGCAGAAUCUUUUCAUUAUAUUUAAUAUAAAUGUUGGAGAAUAGUCUGGCUCCAGGAGCUCAUCAAAUGCUGAAUCAUUAAGUCGGUUGUUUAAGAUUUUAUGGCUAAGUUUCCACCUUCACAUUCCAAAAGAUAUCAGCCCUUUUGGUUUCAUUUUCCCUAUCAGGAGUGUUGUUGUUGUCACGCCCCCGCGUGAAAGUUUCGUUUAUCAUUUUGCGUCAUAAAUUGAGCAAAGUUUCGUUUUUCAUUUUUACGUCAUAAAUGGAGGAAAGUUUCGUUUCCGCCAGCUGGCCGCUUCAGUCUCAGACAUGUUGUCGUGGGGAGAGGACUACCAGCAGGGCUUCCGCCUGAAGAAAGGCAGCGCCGUCCCGCCCGUGGCUGGAGGAGUUCGCUCCCUUCAGCUCAGCUUCCACGUCGCGGACCUGUGCGUGGGUCUGCGGGUGCUGGCCUUCAUUAAGGACAGCGGCGAGGCGUCAAUCAUCCGCGUGAGCGAGAGCGCAGCCGGGACGCGGGAGAAGCGGAAGCAGAAGUUUGUCGAAUGUGAGGAGAGGCUUGCGGCUGUGGGCUGCACGGACGAUGGGGUCACCCUGCUUUCUGACACAGGUGUGGUUUUCUGCGUGGACUCCCCUCACCCCCCCUUCACGCCCAGGUCUCUGGAGGCUUUGAGUGGCAUCACAGUGACCCAGGUGGCGUGUGGGAGUCAGCAUACGGUGGUGCUGAGCAAAGAUGGUCAGGUGUACACAUGGGGCCAGAACUCCAGGGGCCAGCUGGGUCUGGGGAAGGAAGGAUGCAGCAGCAUCAGUUCACCCCAAUGCGUCAGGUCUCUGUCCAGCAUGCCUGUGGUUCAGGUCUCUGCUGGAGGGGACCACAGCUUUGCCCUCUCUGUGUCUGGAAGUGUGUUCGGCUGGGGGAGAAACGACUGUGGACAGCUCGGACUGGGAGAUACUACAGAUAGAGAAACACCAACCCUUGUUCAUUAUCUGAACAUGAAGAAAACUGUUUUUGCUGCCUGUGGGAAGGAUCACACAGCUGUUUUAACAAUGGAUGGUACCGUUUUCACGUUUGGCUCCGGUCAUUACGGACAACUCGGACACAAUUCGUUUCGGAAUGCGCUCUGCCCUCGUCUUGUUGCUGAGCUCUGGGGGGCAAAAGUCACCAAGAUUGCUUGUGGAAGAUAUCACACAUUAGUCCUGACAGACCACAUGAAGGUGUACUCCUUUGGGUGUAACGAACACGGUCAGCUGGGACCGAGAGAGGAGACUCAUCCAUGUGUGCCGCUGCCUGUGCAGCUGCCACGAGAGGGGCCAAUAAUCCAAAACAUCUUUGCAGGAGGAGACAGCUCAUUUGCAACAUGCAGACCUGAGCAGGAUGUGUCUGAAGUGCCCGUUGAGAUACUGGUGGACAGAUGGAUCUCUGAAUGGGACUCAAAGCUGCAAACAAAAGUAAAGCAGGAAAUUGACCAGAGAUUUUCCUCCGCGUCCUUGAUGAACAGAAGCUUCCUUAACCAAAGCAAACAUUUCCAGACAUCCUCAACCUACUCCGGUUUGGAUUUGUGUCUUUGCAAAAGUGGUUUUAACAAGUUGCUGCGCAAUGAAGCCAUUCAAAUAGAGGUGGAAAAGGCUGUGAUGAAGAUGCUUCCCUCUCUUCACGAGAAGCCAGCCGGAGUUGAAGGCUUGAGGGUCUUCCUGAUCCUCAACGAGCUUCUUUAUGCGAUUCAGACACUCAGGCAUGGGAGUCUCUGGGAGGGGCCACAGACUGGGAGGGGCUUUCAUGGCGUGGAGAUCGCCAUGAAGGUUGCUGCCGCUGUCCAAAGUCUGUCUACUGAACACCUGCAGAUCACAGCAAACUGGUGGACUUUGUCCAUGAUGAAGAACAAAAGCAGACAUGUGAACGUGUGGAGGACAGCUCUUUCAGAGGUUCUAGGAAUCGAGGCUUUUCCUCACAGCUCAAGCAAAGACAUCCUGCAGAUCCUGCAGAAUAUGUACAAUGUCAACAAGAGGAAGAUGAAGAUCCCUGAAACAACCUUUUGCCUGGAGUUUAGCCCAAUAUUUAUAGAGCAGGAGGUGACUCGUUGGCGUCAGCAGUCAAAAUCUAUGGCUGUGGACAAUCCUCCACUCAUUCUUUGCAGCUUUGCAUUUGUGAUGGAUUUCAAGUCUAAACAACUGGUGUUUCAGUGCAACUCUUACUUCACUGUGCAAGAGGUCCAACAAGAACGGAUGCUUUACUACUUCCAGGGAUUGGCUCCUCCACCCCCAUCAUACUUUGAGCUGAAUCUUAGGCGAUCAUCCCUUGUGGAAGACUCCUUCAGACAGUUGGCUGAAGCUCCUCCCACAGACAUCAAGAAAGCUCUUGUGGUUUACUUUGAUGGAGACACAAAAAUCACAAACGUCUACAAAAAAGAUUUCUUUCACCAUUUGUUCCCGAGGAUCAAGGAAGAGAAACCAGAAAUGUUCAGGACCAACGACUCUGAAACUUUGGUCUGGUUCUCCAUCAAUGAACCUGAGAGGAUCAAGGCAGACGUGUACCUGUUUGGGCUCCUGUGUGGACUGGCCCUCCACAAUGACUGCAUCUUUCCUGUGCCGUUCCCUCUGGUUCUGUUCAAGAAGCUGCUUGGCGUUAAACCAACCCUUCAGGAUAUGAUGGAGUUCUGCCCUGAGGUUGGAAAGAGCCUGCAGUACAUUAUGAACUAUGAAGAUGAUGACUUAGAAGACCAGUACAUAUUUUUUGAGAUUACCUGGGAUGACACAGUCAUUGACCUUGAUCCGGAAAAUCCAGGAAAGCCAGUCACCAGCCAAAACAAGAAGGAGUUUGUGGAUGCCUAUGUGAAUUAUGUCUUCAACCAGUCUGUGGAGAGUGUUUUCCAGGAGUUUGAACGAGGCUUCUUCCAGUUGUGCGAUCGGGACCUUCUGAGGAUGUUUGAGCCACAGGAGCUGCAGAGGUUGAUGGUUGGCCAAGAUGACUACGACUGGGAAAAGUUAAAGCAGAACACACUGCAUGAGCUAUUACCAUUGUCAGCAAAUGGUGGCCAGCUGGCCCGCUUUGACAGCCAUCUGCAAAACCCCACCAUGCAAAUGUUUUGGAAAGUCUUUGAUGACCUUACUGAAGAUCAGAAGAAAGAUUUCCUCUGGUUCGUGACUGGUUCCAGAAAAGCUCCAAUUCUUGGCAUGGGUCAGAUCCAGAUGAGGGUUCGGUUAAAAAUCAUCUCGAGUGGAUCACCCGAUGAGCAAUUCCCCGAAUCUCUGACAUGCUACUAUAUUUUGGAUUUGCCCUCAUACUCAAGUGAAGAGAUCAUGAGGGACAGGCUGAUUCAGGCCCUGGAAGCAGAGAGAACAUUCUCGAGUGAGGAGGAACGUUUGUCUGACUGAGUCUGUGCAGGGCAGAGAUGCAGCUCAGUUUUGCUGUUGUAAGACUUCUUUACUUAUCAUUAGAAAAUGCACAAUUAACUGAAGUAGAAGACAUUGUUUGCGUGCACACUAAACGUAAACUUAAACUUUCAAAAUUGAAAAUACAUCAAAGGUGUAGGUUUUUUUUCUGUUACUUAGGGUCUUUAUUUGAAGAUUUUAUGGCCGCAAUCCUUUUUAAAAUGUUGAACGUUUUUGCAACAGUUUUAAUAGCUAUCUUAACAAAUCUGCACAUCAAUAUGAUAAACCUACUGGGGACUUGUUUGCAACGAUUGGGGUUAAAACGUAUUAUAUAUAAUUUUAACAAAUUACAAUGUAUUUAUUAAUCUUUAAUUGUGAUUAAAGGAAGUUUAACAUAAUG